CGGCACGGCGUGCAGCAGGUGCAAAGAAACAUGGUGCAUUGAGAAUGCGUGUGUGUUCGGUCCGUCAACGCCAGAGUGGCUUUAUAGGCAUUGAUUGAUUGAGUCGUGAGUCAGUCAAGGUCAGGCCUGACAGACAGGCGAUAGUGUACCCAUACAAACCGUAUCUAUGUACGGCUGGCAUUGGCUGGGAGGGAGGCAGCUGGACAAACAGACAGACAGACAAGACAGGCACAAGGCAGACAGGGAGAGAGAGAGGGAGGGAGGGAGGGAGGGAAGGCCUCCACAUGUGGAGGCCGGCCGAGUAUACUGACUGCCACCUACGCGUGCUGAUACAUACUUAUCUCACUGUGUGGUGUUAGGGGCACCACAUCAUGAUGCAUGGCAUGCAGCCAGCCGGAGUUGGCCAGUGCACUCACCCACUCAAUCACUCAACCACUCCAUCCAUCCAUCCGUGUGCUGUGCUGGCUGUCAAGGCCGGCCGAUAUCUUAUCUUACAGGCAGCAACUUGAAGAGAGAGACGUGCGUGCGCACGCACAUAUGAGCACGCACCAUCAUGAUGCUCAUCUACGCAGCAGCAGCAGCAGCAACAUCCACCACACAUAGGGAAAAGACCAGAUGUACCUAACUACAUCACGCACACACACACGCACAGACGCACACCCUGCGCAAUGGCAUCAUUAAUAUGCGCCAAUGCAUCUGUGGUAAGUACGUACGCAUCAACUAGGGCCAUCAAUCCAUCCAUCGACGCAAGAAUCAAAUCCACAUGUGGUGCCCUUCUUCCCAGGCAGUCCGCACACGCUCACGCAACACACACAAAACUGGUGGGGCCCUCCCCUCCCUCCAUCCCUCCCGCCCCGCCGGCCAUCGACCAUGCCUGCCUCCAUCCAUGGGCGUGAUUCCAAAAUCGUAAAGCCCCCAUGCCCCUCUGGCACUGCUGCCCCUUUCUCUCUCUCCCCCUAGCUUGGUAGGAUCCCCCGUGUGUGUGUGAUGGAGGGAUGGGAUGGCUGGUGAGUGAGUCAGUGAGUGGCCAAAAUGUCCAGACGGACAGACGGACAGACAGACAGAAAGGAUAUGGGAGACAGAUGGAUGGAGAGGAGAAAGGACGAAGGUACACGAACAGGCCCGUGCGUUAAUGACAUCAUCUGUCCGUCUGUGUGUACGUCGCUUCAAAAGCAGCCAUCCAGCCAUCCAUCCAUCCAUCCAGCGGCGGGUGCAUAAAAGUGCCCACCCCCACCCCCACCCCCACCCCCACCCACAGCACACAACAACAAGUGACCAUCCGAGAGACGCCACGCACCUAAAUCCACAAUCGCCCACAACAGACAGACAGACCGGCACAUGACAUCGUUCGUAUGAAAAGACAAGACAAAAGAGCCAAGUACCGACAGACAUCCGAGGCCCAAGGUUCUGUGCUGCCGGACAGACGGACGUGGGUGAUCUGACGGCCCCUGUUUAAACUGACAGGCGGCGGUCAAUCAACCCAUCUGUCUGUCUGUCUGUCCUUCCUCCCUCCUUCAUGGCGGAGACAAAAAAUGGUCUCCACUUUGCCCCCGAGCCAUCCAUCCAUCCAUCCAACAAUUCUCAAUCCGUUCCUUCCUCCUUUACCGUCCGUCCGGCCCUCCCUACGCAUGCAGCCAAAACGGGUGUGUGUAUGUGUGUGUGCAUGUUGGUACCAAUCUAGAUACACAUAGAUAGACAUUCGACACGACAGAGACGAGACGAGACGAGACGACACGACACACUUACUCGUUGACGGGACGGCACGGAUGGGAAAUAGUAUUAUUGCGAUCGACACGAACGGCACGAACGACACUUAGACAGACCGACGAGCGACACAGAGAAGGCGGCAAAACAGAGAGCACGGUGGGUGGACCGGUGGCGACUGAGGAGGAGAGGAGAGGGGACAGAACGCAACAGCGACAAUCGACCGAUCCAACGCACCAAAAACGGACCGCAUCACAUUCAAGGCACAUAGAGACAGACAGACAGACAGAUAGCCCAGCAUGGACAGCAUGGCUGGGUGGUGCGAUCGCUCAGGGGGGCAGACAGACAGACAGCAGACAAGGGGUCGGCAGGCGGGCAGGCAGGCAGGAUGGAUUGACGGACGGAUGGAUGGAUGAAGCAAUCCGUCUCACCUCCCUUUCGUCUCAUCUGCCCUCUCUAUUCAGCCAGCCCUUGUUUGUGUCACGCCCCGAGAUCAACAAAAAGGCCGAUCACCGGCGGCAUGACCCACUCACUCACUCACUCAGGUCACUCUACAGUACAUAAGGGCCCAGCAGCCCUCACCUCCACAUCCAUCCAUCCAUCCAUCGAGCGACCGACCCGGGACCCUCCCUGUCUGCCUGCCGCCUGUCCGUUGCCUGCCGCCCCACCUGCCAGCGAGAGUACAGAGGAAAGAAGACAGAAAGCCAUUGAUUGAGAAUACAGAAGGUAGCUAGGUGGACAGAGAGACAGGUGAGAAGCGAGCCCUCAUAGUGCAUCCCUCCCUCCCUCCCUCCCUCCCCCACACCUCCCUCACAUCAUUAUAAGCACCCCCCGUCCCGUCCUGUACACACACCAACACACACAUACAGAUUUAGGCACGACACGCAACGCACGGAGAGGAGACGAGGAGCGCGAUCCAUCUUGGCCAGCCAGCCAGCCAGCCAGCCAGGCCGCCCACCCUCUGCUGUGCUCUGCCCUCUUCUCCCAUCAAGCAAUCGACCGGGCAGGCAGGCAGGCAGGCAGGCAGACAGCAGAAAAAAACCUCACAGACAUGUAGUUCGUUUGGCUGUAUGCUGAUCUAUGCAGUGUGAUGUGAUGUAAUGUGAUGUGGUGCAGGUGGUGAGCGAAAUGACCACAGGAGGAAACAUCCCCCUUCCAGCCAUCCCCCCUCUAGCCAUCCAUCGAGAGUGAGAAAGAGAUAAUGAGACAGAGACAGACAGAGAGAAGGGCGAGACGAGAGCGAACAGAUAGAAAGAGCGGUCAGGAGGAGAGCUCCUGGGGACAGACAGAGAGGGAAAGCAAGCACAAACAACCAUGGAAUGAUGUGUCUGUCUAUGACGUGUGCUGACUUGUGUGUUUCCUGAGUGGUUCACCCACCAGGUACUUUUCUUGCAGCAGAAGGAAGGCCAUAGCGUUCGAAAAGGCUGUACCCCUGGCCAACACAACCAACACACAAAGAAGCAUAGCAUUGCCCCUAACCGACAGACAGACAGCCUGCCCCUCCCUCUCCCUCCCUGACCCACCUGAUCGAGACGACGGCAAAGGACCCCCCCGACCCUCCCCCGAUGACAGGCUGCCUGUUGACGGUCAGCUCAGCCCCCGUCCGGCUCAUAAUGUAGGCCAAAGUGGUGGUGGGGGGGCCCACGGUAGAUGCAGCGGCGGGGUCGGAGGGGUGCGGCGCCCACAGGGCCGACGCGCCGUUCCAGGGGAAGAGGACGUGCAUCGUCGUCGGCCGCAUCGACAGGGGCGGGUUGCCGCGGGACAGACCACUGCACAUAUCCACACAUGCGUGGCGUCACGCAACGCAACACACGACACACUGUGUGUGAGGGCGUGGCUUACGUACCUGAUGCUGUUUGCCAUGAGCAUGAAGUGGUCAGGCUGUAUCUGUGAGAAGGCCGCGGCGUCGCCCGCCGCCCCGCCCACACCACCACCAGCCCCAUAGGCCCCCUGGAGCAUGGCGGGGUGCAGCUGGCCGGCCAUGGCGGGGCCGGGCGGGGGGGAGGGGCUCGUGACGAUGCCUGACCCCUCGUCGAUCGACCUCUCCUGAAGCAUCUCGUACACCUGACGGACGGACGGAUGGAAAAGACGAGACGAGUGAGUUUGGGACUGUGUGUGUGUGUGUGUGUGUCUUUGUUACGAUUUGGCACGCUUUGGCUCUGGCGAGAGGUGGGCCGGUGAUGGUCAGGAUGCUGGCGGACACAGACAGACAGACAGACAAACAGACAGGUGUGUGUGUGACACAUCUGACUGACAUUGGGUCGUUGGCGCGCUCACCGCUCGUCAGUGCUGCUCUCCCUCUGCUCGCCCUUCUGGAUCGACGCACCUGCAGCCGACACACACACACACACACACACACAUACACAGUUGUUGACCGAUAGCCAGCCAUGGUGUGGCUGGGCUGUGUUGUGUGUACCUGAGAGCCUCUGUAUGCUCUGCACUUGAGACCCGGAUCGGCCGAUGAGGUGGGGAAAGACCAUGGACGGCAGCAGCAGCCGCAGCGUGGGCGUCGGGCUGUUGCGCGUCUCCAGACACUGACACAGCAUGUGCAGCGCCUGCACGAUGGCCAGAGAUACACACACACACACACACACACGCACACACGUAUCAACACACCUUGCCGCCAUGCGUGUGUCUUGUGUGUGUGGUGAGAUGUGGUGUGUUGACCUUGCUCAUGGCCUGCCAUGUGCCCAUGACGUCGAUAACCUUGUCGCCCGGGUCGCAGGGCGGCACCGGCCCGUCGCCGAUCUCCACCGUGGCCGUCGACUCGCUACGCACCUGCUUGAUGUGAGCACCCUGGAUAUUGACACACAACACAACCAGACAGACAAAGAAUGACAACACCGAGCCGAGUGUGGUGUGGUGUGGCGUGGGUCGUCUCACUCACCUGCUUGCCGACGAUCCAGCCCGUCUCCUCCUUGGUCACCACGAGCUUGGCUAUCACAUUCGACUUCCACGACGGGUGCAAACGAGUCGCUACUGCACGACAGACAGACACCCCACACGCGCGCACACACAGAUGGACGGACAGCCAUGCCACCGUUGGUUGCGCCGUUUGCGCCAUCCAUCCAUGCCAUGCCGCCCCACUUCACUGACCAAUGUUGCCCGAUGCCAAAGGGUGUGCGGCCACGAUGGGUGUGGGGGGCUGGCCUGCGCCCCCGGCAGCGGAGAGGAAGCCAUUAGGGAGCGGGCCAGGGCCCGCCGGCUGCGAGCUGGGGUGGCCGCCCAUGCCCAUCUGGAUGCCGGGAUAGCUCGGGGGCGUCACCUGGCGCAUACCCGACGACACACUCACCGGGCUGACGCUGGGGAACUUGGUAGGGUUGAGGUCUUCCCGUGUGAUGCGGCCGCCCGCGAGCAGGUCAGCCAGGAUGUUGUUGACGGCCGUCAUGGCCGCCACGACGGCAGGAAUCCGACCAGUCACCGAUAUCCGCCGGUCGCUCACGCCGAACAACUGACAUGACACACAAGACGAAACGACGAGCAGCAUUGUGGCUGCCUGAGUGUGUGUGUGUGUGCGUGUGUACGUCUCUGGCGAUCUGUAUGUCGGCGCACGCCUCGACGCUGAUGCUCUUGAUCGUCGCCCCGCGCACACCGAUAAUCGCAGAACCUGACACACCACACACCACACACAGCAGGUGAGGUGAAAGGGCAUUGAUUUGAUUGGUCUGGCAGACAGACAGACAGGCAGUCAGGCUCACAUGCGGCGUCGGGCACGACGAAGUAGAAUGUAGAGGCGUGCGCCCCGUCCUCCUCCUCGAGAUGCAGAUCUUGCAGCGAAUCCAGCACCAGAGUGCUGCUGUCGCCUCGGCCAUACCUGCACCACGCACACACAGUGUGUCGACGGCGUGGCGUCUGUGUGGUUCGCUCUCACACACACUCACCUGGUGCUAUCAGCGCUGUCUGAAGGUACGGUGAGCGUGUGUGGUGUGCUGCUGUGCGAGAGCUCCCGCCUCCCCAGCUGCUUGAGCCGCUUCAGCACCAGAGCCAAAGCACGCUCCUUCUGCUGAGUGCUGCCCGUUAUACGCACCACCUGACAGACAGACACACAGACAGACACAGGCCCAGAAUGUGUGUGUGUGUGUGAUCGGUUUGCUCGUGUGGUGUGAUUGGAUACCUUUUCCUGGUGUGGCGACACGGUCCCUAGAGCAUGGUGCUGCGCUAUGAUCCUCGCCUGCACCUGACAGACAGACAGACAGACCAACGUGUGUGUGGUUGGUCUGUCGUGGGUGUGCCUAUCUGUGGUCGGUUCGUACCUCCCUCUCAAGUACGAGUAUGUCAGCCCCCGACUGCUCCUUGAUCUGCCGCACCACCGCCCCCUUGGACCCCACAAUGAACCCCACACUCUCGGACGGCACCAGCAGUCGGUACGGCACCAUGCCCUCCCUCCUCUCCCUCUCCACAGAAUCCGACUCCCCCGGGUCGUCGUGGUGCGACGGCGGGCUCUUGGACACAUCGUGGUGCGUGGGCGUCUCGGCGGUAGACUUGUCCAUGCUGCCCUCGUCGAGUGCGUUGUUUGCGGCGGCCCCAUUGCUGGCCUGGGCGCCGGCGUCCUCCUCGCCCAUCCCGGCCCCUCCGCCCGCAGCCAAGGGUGCCGACGGGGGACUGCUACUCAU